GCUAGACGCGUCGAGAGAUCGUGGGACAGUGGGCAGUCGGUUCACAAUCACCACAAUGGCCCAAACGACGUUGGACGAAUGGGCGAGAGACCCAGUAGACCCAGAGAUCCGCGCUCAUGUCUACAGUCUCAUUACUGCUCUUGGUGGUAUUGGCGACGAUGGCACCUACGCGCUGGGAGAUGACGCGUUAGUCUGUCUAAAAGAUCUGCGAAAAUGGCUGAAGUUCGCCGAUGGGCAGUUGAAUCGUCGUGAUGUGGCACGAUGUAUGGCUGAGGCAAACCUGGUGAAGGGAGACCUGUUGGAGAUACUCGCCAAAGUCUCACCUCGAGUACUCGAACAACCGCUGAAGCACAAGCUGGCAGUCGCCACAUUGGAACUCCUCGUGCCGUUGACCUGGCCUUUCGAAAUCGACCCCGUCGAAGCGACCGUAAACCACCAUCGCCAUGGACCCUACGUCCAGCUAGCCCAGAUUGGAUAUAAGCGUGCCAUCCUCCAAUUCGAUCGAGAUCGUACCCUCCAAACCGCUGUCAAGGUUGCCUUGCCCUCUAUGGCAAUAUCCCUACGCGAGAGGUCACCACGAGACGAGGGCAUAAUUCGCAUCGCCCUAUACUUCAUACGCAACAUCGCUAUGCUUUCUCCCCCGAGCAGCGUACCUAUGGAUAUUGAUGAAGCGGAGGUGUCUCGAUCGACAACGAUUGAUACCUUCCAAGAGCAGGACAUCUUCCAAGUCCUUCUCAGUAUGUCAUCGAGCAUCGGAGAGGACUUUGUUGCGCAGGAUGUAGUGCUGUUAGAAAUUCUUUUCUUCUUGCUAAAGGGCGUCGAUCCAGAGAAGCUGUUUCUAGAAGAUAAGAGACUUAACAGCAAAAAUGCCAAUGAGCUGAAGGAAUUGAUGCAGAAAGAGAAAGCGAUGCUGGCUGGAUACGCACGCAACGCACCAACACGUCAUAAUCGGUUUGGCACUAUGAUCUGGCUGAAACAAGAAGAUGAAAAAGUUACCACUGUCUCCGGUCAAGACGUACUUGGCAAGGCUCAGGCCACUCUGGACAAGAUGGAUCAAACGAAGAAGUGGAACAAACCUAGGCAGGCAGGGCGCAAGACAGACUUGGAGCUAGAGAGAGAAGAGUUCGACCUGCCAGUCGCACUGAGCACGUCUGCACGUACUCAUAUCAAGGCCUUCGUUGAAGAAUUUCUUGACUCAUCUUUCAACCCACUGUUCCAGCACUUGAGGAAGGCCAUUGAGCGCGAGACCGAACGUGUAGAGACGCGGCACUCGCGCCAAUUCUUCUAUCUUGUUUCAUGGUUUCUUCGAGCAGAGUGUGCAAGGCGGCGAACUAUCAAAGAGAGAAUUGCUGAGUCUAAGAGCUCUGCGGCUCUUGCCGCAGAAGACGAAAGCUAUGGCCUGAUCGCUGAAGUUAUGAACCAGGAGACGUUCAUCCUGCUAAAUCGCUUCAUGCAGAAGAGUCAAGACGAGAAAGCAUGGCAAGAUCUCAAUGCGGGCAUGAAGUGCUUUACCCAAAUUCUUCUCACCGUGCACGAGAUGUCGGAAUCUCGAUUGGAAGAUGACCAAGAGAUCGCAGAGAACAUUCAGAACCGUAUCUUCUACGAGGAAUCUACCCACGAUCGUGUUGUCAUGAUCUUGCGAUCGUACAAAGAUCAGGGGUUUGGGUACCUUGAUGCUGUCACCGAACUUUCACACGUGUUCUUGCGCAUGCUUGAGCGGUACGCAAAACAGAAUGUUGACAUGCAGAUCAAAUCGAAGCGACGAGCUCGCAAGAUUCAAAAGAAGCACGCUCAAGCAGAGGGAGUCGAGGGCGAAGAAGAGGGCCAUGUCUCAGAGAAUGACGACUUGCAACAGGCUCAAAAGACAGUCACUGAGCGCAAGUUCGACUUCAACCGUUUUGCUGCCAAGUUUGUCAAUCAGAGUAGCGUCAACACCUUCGUCGCAUUUACUCGGUACUUCACUGAUCUAGACUCUGAGCAACUAAAGCGUUCGCAUCGGUUUUUCCACCGUGUUGCAUACAAAAUGGAACUGGGCGUCUUGCUGUGCCGAGUCGAUAUUAUCCAUCUCUUCAACAAAAUGAUGAAGGGAACACGCGGCCUUGACCCUGAAUCACCAGUCUACAAGGAAUGGGAAGACUUCAUCAGGCACUUCUUCAGACAGGUAGUCAAAAGAGUGGAGGAGAGACCAGAACUGAUAGUUGAGAUGUUGUUCAGCAAGAUUCCCCAGACACUGUACUUCCUCGAACAUGGUCACGAUCGCGAAGUGUUCACACGCGCACCUCGCCCACCUGCUGAGUUGGUCGUCAAACCUGGCAUGGAGAGGCCUGAGCAGAUUGCUGUUGCAGUAGGCAUACUCGUCAACCAGCAGAAGUCGGAUGCUUUGCGUUGGGUUCGAGACGUUCUCACGUCAGCCAUUGAUGAACGCAAAUCGUGGGAAGUUGCAGAUCAGGCCCGCAAAGAUCUGGUAGCGGCCGAAGUGGCUGCUGGCGACGUGGCCCCCGCAAGCACUGGUUCCGAGGAGCACUCGCCACCUUCGAUUCUCGUUAAACACGACACUGCAGAACGCAAGGCUGCCAUGUUCAAGGACAACAAGCUCCGCCUCCUUAUGACCCUCGUAGGCUUUAUGAGGUUAGGUGCGCACGACGAUCCUGAUGCUUCGUGGGUCAUCCCAUCGUCACUCUCGUCAGUCGACCUCCAAGAAGCAAUUGAUUUCAUUCGCAAGUUCGAAUUCGAUCCGCCGAUAUACGAGAACGGUAAAGGACCCGAACAAUUUCUCCAGAGCACGGCAGCAGCAGCCCGCCGAUCGAUUCGUCGGGCUGAAUUUGACGACGACUCAGAUGGCAUUGAUGACCCUACAGAAGACCGUGGGGGGUACGUGGGCAACGAGCCUACUGUGAGGAGGCCUGACGGCGAAAGGAAGAAGCUCCAGCGACGCAGACGAGAUCGUACACCCGUUGAAUUAGACGAUGAGGAGCGCGAAGCCCGAGCCAGACUGCGACGGCAGAAAGAGCUUGAAAAGCAAGCGAAGAUCAUCAGUGAGGAAUUGGUGAAUGACUCAGACGAAGAGUGGGAUGCAGAUAAAGACGCUAAGUUCUUCGCACGUGAGCUAGCAUUGCGGGAGGAGACCAUGAGACAGUUCAAGAGUGCACUUGUUAUCGGUACUGUUGAGCCUGCCGUGUCCAAGGAGGCACUUUCCAAGAAGAGGAAGGCCGAGGACACUUCGAAGAAGAGCAAAAGACGAAAGUCUCCACCAAAGCGCAAAGCUGGUCCGUUUGAUGACAGUGACGACGGCGACGAUCUGGGCGGUGCUGGCAGUGACAGUAGUCGUGCGAUGUCAGCGGAAGAGGGGGAUGUUCUGAGUGACGCUGGAACGGAGAAAGAGGCUGCAGACACGCCAUUAUCUUCACAACAUGCAGGAAGCAAAGACGACGGGCCACAUACAUCGGCAGCAGCGACGUCGUCCGGGAAUAAAGAUGUCGCUAUGGUAAACAAUGAUGACGACGACGACGAUGAUGACGUGCCUGUGCUUCGCAGGCCUGCAGCACGGAACACAAGGGCUGGCUUUAUCGUUGACAGCGACUCGGAAUGAGACGAACGAUUUAAGUUUCUUGUAUGAGGAGCAAUGAGCAUAGCAUCGUAUGGCGUUUCGGGUUUGUAGCUUUCACAUUCGUAUACCCUCUGGUUCGCAGUAGCCUUUCAAGUCAGCAUUCGUCUAUCAAAAGUUCGUGAGAUA